AUGGGUGUUCCCAUGUUUGGCAACCCGGAGAGCUCUGUAGGGUUUGGACUUGGAGGCGAUGUUGCACAGCUCUCCAACGGCGGUGGUGAGGACGGAAUCAGUGGAGAUGGACGCGGCGCUAGAGAAACAAUGGCCGACACGAUAUACCCGAACAGCUCCAAGUCCCCCCAAAACAACGACGAUGGCGAUGACCACGCCGUCGGUAUGGGCAGUAGAAGUUUCGGCGAAGGUGAACAGGGUGCAAGUGAUGAUGCUGGGUCACGAAGUCGGAGAAUGUUCGAUGGCUCUAGGGUAGCGGAGCCAGAUCAUCUUCAGAUAGUUGAGGCUGGGGAAGGCGCCGACAUUAUUCCAGGCGUGGAUGAUCUACCAGUCUUCGCCAAUGACCAGAGCAAGGCAUUGAACGAUGAAAUCAAGGUACGGGAGAAAAAGGUAGCCCAGGCGACGAAUGCUCUUGCUGACAACCGAGAACGAGUCCGAAUAAUGGAAGAACACCUCAAGAACGUACGCCAAGAAGUCGGGCACACGAAUGCUCUCAUGGCUGCAAAGAAGAAGGAAAUCGCUACGGAAGAACACUUAUGCGCCCUUGCCGCCCGGGAAGCGGGCAGGUUCAAGCUGCAGAUGAAUUGGAACCAGGAGGAGCUGGAGCAGUGGGCCCUUGCGGCGAAGCAGAAGGAGGAAGAUAACCUCGCUCUUCAAAAGUACGCUCGAGCGGACGACGUGAAAAUCAAGGACCUGAGCCUCCAAGUGGAGCGAUUGUCGAAGUCUGUCGUCGCUAGGCGAGCAGAACUGCAGAGCCUCGAGGCCGAGUCCUCGGCCAAGCAGGUCGAACUGGACAACACCGCCGCGGACUUUAGGCGGCUGCAUGCCGAGCGCCAGGACCUUGUGCGGCAGUGGCAGAACGCUAUCGACGGCAUGCGCCGCCGAGACGAAGAGAUCAACGCCGUCGGCGAAAAAUUCGCGGCGGCUCGGCAAGUGCGGGCGACCCGGAUCGAAACGCUGGCGCAGAACGCAGCGAGGCUCAAGAUGCAAAGGAACGACAACAAGGAGGUUCAAGCCUCAAUCGAAAACCUCGAGCGAACAGUACAGCGGCAGCGCGAGGAAGCCCAGGCCGCUCAGAAACGCCUGGAGGAGUUCCGCGAUGUCCUCGAGGUGGUCAAGAACACACUCGGAAACGGGGCCGGGGCGCUGGCCAGGAAGCGAGGCGAGAAUGCCAACCUUACCGCGCAAAUAGAGGAGAAGCGGGUCGGGCUGGACACCGCCCGACGGAGAUAUCAGGCAAGUGGAGUGUGCAGCAAACAGAUUUCAAAGCAACGGGUGGAGACGGAGACGGGAAACACGAACAAGGUAGAGGCUACGGCCAAAUCGGCGGAGGAGGAGCUCCAACAGCGGGAGGUGGAGCUCAAGGAUAGCCAAAAGCUCUACGCUUUGCGUCAGGAGGAGGCUAACUUCAUCGCUGAGAUAUGCGGCGCGCAGGCGACGAUGAAGAACCUGCAGACCAAGGUGCACGCGCUGGACCAAGAACAGACCCGCCAGCAGGAGCUCAUUUACUCGGCCGAGUUCCAGAUCCAGCAAAUGGAGAGGAAGGUCGCCCGAGGGAUGGGAGAGCGGACCGACGAAGAGAAGUCCCAGCUCAACGCUAAGAUCCGCGAACUCGAGGGCGAGGUGGAGGUAAUGCGCGAAGAGAAGAAGAUGCUUACGGGUCAGGCGCGUAAAUUGAACAACGAGCUGCGAGCGUCCUUGAGGCGAAGAGGGGCUGCCUCCGCCCAGCAAGCGGAGCUCAACGAAACCAUCAACGAGCUGGAGCUCGAGUGCAGGGCGGCGGAUGGUGACGUAAAGCGAGAGUCUCAGACGAAAGAAGAGCUCAUGGUGUCGAACGACGUCAUGCGGCUGGAGGUGAAGCGCCUGAGGGACACCCUGAACGGUGCAGCGGAUGAGGUUUUCAGCCUCGAAAACAGGCGGCAGCAGUUGGCGAUGAGCAUGAAGGAGCGUAAAGCUGAAAUUCAGGUACAUUGGGACCUGCAGCGGGCAACGUUGAGAGCGGCCGAGGAAGAGCGCCACCGCGUUCAGCUAGAGCUUGGCGAUCGUAGGCAAGCCGUUGAAAAACUCCGCGCCAAGUACGAGACGCUGGCCAAGGGAUUUGCGGGUGCCGGAGCGGGUGAAUUGGGGGGCGAUCACGCGGGGGGCGGAUCCUCCCAGGCCUACUUCAUCAUCGCUGCGGCGCAGAAGCGCGAGGAGCUGCAGCGGGAGGGCGACGAGCUUGACCAGGAGAUACGGAGGUGCGAACGCGAGAUACGGGCCCUCGAGAGCACUCUGCGGCAUCUCAACGCGCGCAACGUGGACUUCCGAAUGAGCUUCCAGCGAGCAGAUCCAGGAUGCAAGGACGCCGAUGCCCUGAGAAGCUUGGAGGCCCGCGCCAAGGCCGCCCAGGACGGGCUCUUCCGUCGCAAGAAGGAGCUUCAGCGGGCGCAGACGGACCACGAGGAGGACCUCGCACGACUGGAUGGAGCCAAGGCGCGCGCUGCUCGCCUGGACGAGCAGAACGCGCAGCUAGACUCGGUGAGGGUUCAGGCCGAGGCUCAGCUGGACGCUCAGCGGCAGGCGCUCACCAGGGCGGGGGAAAGGCUGGCGAGCGAGCGCGCGAUGCACCGCAAGGCGCCCGGGGUUGGCGGGGGAGGUAGGGGCGACCGCGCCGGCGGUGUCGAAACGAUGGUACCGACUGCUGACGAUGUCACCCCUGCACCCGUGGCGGGCGGCACGGCGACAGCGGAGGCACGUGACAACGGUGGUGGGCUAAUCGCCGCUGUUGUCGGGCGGGGCGGGGAAACGCUCACGGAAAAGGCGCUACGGGCGAGCACUCUCCGGGACACGGCAUCGGGCGUGCUCUACACCCUCGGUCAGCUCGCGAGAGAGUUCCCCGAGAUGCACGACGCUCUCAAAACCAGCUUGCAUCUCAAGAAGCUCAAGGAGCUUCAAAAACGGGGCGGGCUAGCAGCGCAGCAGGCAGCCGAGGGGGAUCGGAGAGCUCAUCUCACGUCGGCGGUGCAAGCGUGA